UCCCUGUCCAACAUGAUCAUCCGUCCACCAUGAAUUUUCUUCAAAAAACAAAAAGGGAAGAAAAUUUAGCUACAUGCCAAACUCACAAGCUCUUCUAGAGGGUGGACCAUCGGGGCAGACGCUGCGAGACACUGUCGAUGAGAGCUAGAGAUCUGUGGGCUCUGUCCACGCAUUAAGGAUUACAAAUUAUGGAUGCUUUGAUAUCGGCAGGACGGGCAAUAAUCCGGAGUCCUAGUAUCGCGAAACCGUCUUGGAGUUCUGGAAAACAUAAGAAGCUCCCAGAGAACUGGACGGACACCAGGGAAACGUUGCUGGAGGGGAUGGCCUUCCAGCUCCGGUAUCUGGGUGUGACACUCGUGGAAGAGCCAAAAGGCGAAGAGCUGUCUGCUGCGGCUGUCAAGAGGAUCGUCGCUACGGCCAAAGCCAGUGGGAGGAAGCUACAGAAAGUCACAUUAAAGGUCUCUCCAAGAGGGAUCAUGUUGUAUGAUAGUGCAUCAGAUCAGCUGAUAGAAAACAUCUCUAUUUACAGGAUAUCCUACUGCACAGCUGAUAAGAUGCAUGAUAAAGUGUUUGCGUACAUCGCUCAGAGCCAGCACAAUGAGACACUGGAGUGUCAUGCCUUCCUCUGCACCAAAAAGAAAAUGGCUCAGGCAGUGACGUUAACAGUUGCACAAGCCUUCAGGGUGGCGUUUGAAUUCUGGCAGGCUGCCAAAGAAGAAGGUACGCCAAGGUACUUUGUUAAUAAAGAAGAGAAAGAGAAGCAAGUGAAGGCAGGAAUGGAUGGACAAGCCUCCAGCAACUCCGUGCUGGACCAUGGAGCCAUUCUCAGAGGAGGAGAAGUAGCUACAGGGAACCUGCUGAAUUUAGAGCAUGGAGCUAUGUAUUCAGGGCAUAAAGACACACACCCAGCACAAAACAGUACCACUGUACUGGAGCUUGAUGAUGAUCUGGAUGAAGCAUUCUCAAGCCACAGUUUGGAUAGUUUUGAUACGUGCUCAGGCUCGCUGAGUGUCGUGCUAACCCCCAGGUCCUGGACACUGGGCUGAAACCUCAGGACUACAACCAUGACGAGUGCAGUUGGGCCAGGACAGGUGGCGAGGUGGGAGAGCCAGAGGAUGAGAUUGGCUUCUGAGAAUACAGAUGAUAUCAUUGAUGAUGUGAUUGGCUUAUGAGAACAAAGAAGGUGGGGCAGGUGGGACGGACACAUACAGAAAGAGGAAAGAGGCUGGUACUCAGGAACAGAGGAGAUUGCACAUGGCCAGUCUAAUGCAAAACUGCAUCCAGUACUCAGACCAAAGCAAUGCAGAGUAAAUAAAUGCGUUUUUAUUUGCUUUUGAAUAAUUUUGUAUUUUAUCCUUAUACUUUAUAGUCUGUAACUUUUUGUCUUUUGGUUUGCUUUUUCUAUCUUCUAUUUAUGUGUUGGUUAUGUUUCUGCAAAUGUACGUAGCACAUCUGCAAACAUUACAAGAACUGUAUUAUAAUAAGAUCAAGUGCUUCUGGGGAUUUUUAUUUUUGGUGGGGUGACUUUAUGACUGUGUAUGCAGUAUAACAUUGUGUAAUAUUCUGUCUUAGAGAUGAACACAACCCUGUUAAUUAUUAAGACUUUAAGAUAUGUGUGUGCUGAGGGUGUAGCUGUUUGGCAUGGCUAUAUUCUGGGUUAGAUUUCUUUACUUACUAAACUGUUAAUAGCUAUGCAGCUGUUAGAUGCAGCUUGGAGAUAUUAUGCCAAAGGAGAGACUGACUGAAUUAAGUAAAUGAAUAGUGAGGUGAAUAUUGCUUUUAUGAGAGGAUAAUUUCCUAUUUUAUAGCUUAGCGAGUUUUAUAGAUCAGAUGAACUAGCAUCCCACCCAAAUUUAUUUUCAAAGAUAAUAUUUUUUCUAUUAAAAAAUGUAUUUUUGCAAUCCCCUCCAAGACUAAUUUUCGAGGCACAUGAUUUAAUUCCAGGUAAAUGACUCCUAAAUAAUUACAUUCCAUUUCAUGUUAUCACUACUGCUUAUUUAACCGUCUUUUGGAUAAAAAAAGUUAUAAAAAUGUAAUAUUAAAGUUUGGUCAUUUUCAAGAAAAUUAUUACAUUUUGCUGUCACUCGCAUUUACUAGUGUUUAAAACAGAAAGAUGCAACCAGAACCUUUGUUACUUUAAAUGCCUUUGAAAUAUUCAUUCAUGUUAAUGUGAGUGCAUAUCAACAUGAGUUUACUAAUGUAUCUGCUCUGUUACACAUAUCAGGUUUGACCCUGGUUGAGGGUGAAAUGUAGUAACCCAAGCUCAGCUUUAGUCUUGGGGAUUUUAUUUGUUACAUAUUUCUGCAUUCAUUUCAGUGCUCAUGCAUUUUAACUGCAUCAUGUAAUAUCCUUUUUAAUUAAAGAACACAAUCAAA